UAUUACUACGUAUACAACGUGUUCCAUAAACUACGUUAUAGCACAUCAAAAGAAAAAAGAUACCUUGCUAUUUUUCCAAGAUGAAAACAAAUGUAACUUUAGGUAAAUGAGAACACUCUAUCAAAAAAAAAAAAAAAAAAGGGUAAAUGAGAACACAAAUAGAUUAUUUAAUUAGACUUCGGCGUUUAGUCUUACUUUAUUAUGGUGCUUAUGUGGAGCUGAGUGGUACGAUGCACUCAAUGCAAGUAUUAAAUAUAUAAUUUUUUUUUCUAUAAAUAGGGAAUUACAAGCCUAGCUUAUUGCAUCAAAGGUUGUUUUACUUAAUUGUAAAGAAAUUUUAGAUAAAAAAAACCAAGCAAGCUAAGGGAGGAGUGAGCGAUAGUGUGACCAAAUUUUGGUGAUGGCAUUUGAGGUAAAGCAAGUUCUUCGUAUGAAGGAGGGGACUGAUGAAACCAGUUACGUAAAAACGUCCUACAUUCAGAAACAGGUGCUAUUAUUGACAAAAUCCAUAAAAGAAAAAGCCAUAAAGGAGUUCUAUUCCAAGGAACAACCAACAACCUUAUGCAUAGCUGACUUGGGCUGUUCCUCCGCUGAGCUCAACACCUUGGGAGUGGUCUCGGAGCUCAUAGAAACAAUAGAAGAUGCUCGUCGAGAGCUCGGGAAAGGGAGCCAAGAGUAUCAAGUCUACUUGAAUGAUCUUCCAGGAAAUGAUUUCAACUCAAUCUUUAGAUCAUUAGCAAGCUUUGAGGAUAGCCUGAAAAUGCAAAUUGGGCGUAAUAUUUUUGGGCAUUGUUUUGUGAAUGGUGUUCCUGGCUCUUUCUAUGGAAGGCUAUUCCCUACCAAUCACUUGCAUUUUGUUCAUUCUUCUUAUAGCCUCAUGUGGCUUUCUCAGGUACCAGCAGGAAUAGAAGACAACAAGGAAAAUAUCUACAUAGCAAGUACAAGCCCUCCAAAUGUGACAGAAGCUUAUUAUGACCAAUUUGAAAAGGACUUUUCGAUGUUCCUAAGGUGUCGGUCCGAAGAAGUAGUACCCGGAGGAAUUAUGGUCCUUACAAUGUUAGGAAGGACGACAAUUGAAAAAUAUAGUAAGGAAUCUAGUUACGAAUGGGAGCUUCUCGCUACUGUCCUCAAUGAUAUGGUUCUAGAGGGUUUCAUAGAGGAAGAAAAGCUACAUACAUUUAAUAUACCUCAAUACACUCCAUCAGCAGAAGAAAUAGGUUUUAUAAUAGAGCGAGAAAGAUCUUUUAUACUCAAUCAAGUUGAUGUUUCCGAAAUCAGUUGGGAAGCAAACGAACAUUACUAUAAGAAUGAUUUACCUACGACGGCGUUUACUCACUAUGACUUUGUUAAAUGCAUGAGGUCCGUGGUGGAGCCCUUACUGGUAAAUCAUUUUGGAGAAGCCAUAAUUGAAGAGUUGUUCAAGAGAUAUAUGGAAAUUGUCCAAGCCGCGAUGGCCACAGAGAAGAACGUGUUCAUCAAUGUUACGGUGUCCUUGACACGAAAGGGUUGAUCAAUCCAUGGAGAAAAAACUAUCAAUUUAAAACUACGGUUCCUUCGUUUUGGUCCACGUUUUCGUUAAAAAUCUUGUUGCUGUUCUUAAAGGCUCGCUCCAUAUUUUUAAUCUUCAUUGUUUUCGUGGUUCAUCUAUUGGUGCACAUGUUGGGGUUGCAAAAUGCUACUGCAUACAUACUAUUGUUUGAACUAUGGUACGAGUCUGAUCGAUAAAUAAAUGAUGUCAAAUAUAUAAUAUGUAUGAAAAAUAAAUCUAACUAUGAAAACAUUCUCCCCUUCAAGGAAAUAGGCUUGGAGCAGAUAGCUAGGCCUCUUGUAUUAUGUUAAAUCUAAUUACUACCUCCGCUUUAUAUUAUAUGCAAUAAUUUUUUAUAUCUCACAAAAGAUACCUAAUUGUUGCACAUAAUGUGAAAUUGGAGGUAGUAACUCAAUUUAUGUCGCAUUAUGUAUAAUAUAUGUGUUGUGUACUACAUUUGUCUUUUUUUUUUUUUGAGGAAAUACUACAUUUAUCUCUUCGAUAACCUCUACGCUAUUGUACCUAUUUCCUAGCGUAAUAGUUGCAAUACACUUUAUUUUCAGAAUUCAU